AUGUCUCCAGCAACCCAGUUCGGGCCUCUCCUGCGCGCCACGCACCGCGCAAGCGUCAUGAGCACCCCAGUGGCCGUCGCCGCCGCCGUUGCCGGCAUUGGCGCCUGCGCCUGGUACCUGCGCAGCAACAGCACCGCCAGCUCGGACAAGCCCAUCUUCAGCAGCUUCGGCUUCCACACCCUGCGCCUGCACAGCACCGAGCUGAUCAACCACAACACCAAGAAGCUGCGCUUCGAGUUGCCCGACGCCAGCAAGCCGAGCGGCCUGUCCCUCACCUCGGCCCUGCUGACCGUCUCCUGGCCCACCGGCCGCUGGCUGCCGGUGCUCCGGCCAUACACCCCAGUCAACGACCUCAACGAGCCCGGCUACAUCGAGCUGAUGGUCAAGCUGUACCCCAACGGCAAGCAGAGCACGCACCUGCACUCCCUGCAGCCCGGCGACACGCUCACGUUCGCGCCGAUCAAGGAGCUGGCCUGGACGCCGAACCAGCACGCGCACGUGGCCAUGAUCGCCGGCGGCGCCGGCAUCACGCCCAUGUACCAGCUGGCGCGCGGCAUCCUGGGCAACCCGGCCGACCGGACGCGCGUCACGCUCGUGUGGGGCGUCAACACGGACGACGACCUCUUCCUGCGCGACGAGUUCGCCGCGCUCGAGCGCGCCCACCCGGGCCGCUUCCGGGCCGUCUACGUCGUCGCCGCCCCCGCCCCCGGGUCGCCGCACCAGAAGGGCUUCGUCACCAAGCAGGUGCUCGAGAAGGCUGGCCUGGCCGCCGCCGACGCCAAGAACCGCGACGUGAAGGUGCUCGUGUGCGGGCCGCCGGCGAUGGAGAAGGCGCUGAAGGGGAGGAGGGGCAGCGGCGUGCUGGCCGAGCUGGGGUACAAGCCGGAGCAGAUCUACAGUUUUUAG